UUUCAGAGACUAUUAAACCAGUAUAUUUAUUCACCUCUGGUUAUUCUACCCUUCAGCAUUUGUUGUCCCGAGCGCACAGAAAUUCGUUCAAUAUUAUAAAUCUAUUUACAUAAAUGUAUAUUUACUUGCAUGUAUAACAUUCCUAUAAGAUGUGAUACAUGUGGUCAUUAGAAUAUAAUAUUGUUACAUAUAGCGCCAUGACCUUCCGUACCCUUUGUAGAUAACGCCCGCCAUACUUGAUAACACGCAGCGAACAAGAUGGCUUCCACCGGUACAGUACCCGCGACAAUGAAAGCUUUAGUGAAGACAAAGGAAGCUGUUUCAUUCGAUCUACAGACCGUACCCGUGCCGGAACCGACGGGCGACGAGGUGUUGAUAAAAGUGGACGCAGUGUCGGUAUGUGGUUCCGACAUCAACAUGUACACAUGGAAUGAUGUGGCCAAAGUCAUAGCAACGAUACCGUUUACGCCCGGCCACGAGUGUGCAGGUACGGUAGUCAAGUGUGGACCAGACGCCGACAUACCGGUGGGCAGUAAAGUCGGCGUAGAGAAUCAUUACUACUGCGGAACAUGUUACCAGUGUACGCAUGACACCCGCGAAAUAUGUCUCAACAUGGGGCAGUUCGGACACGGGAGGCAGACGCCGUAUGGAGGAUGUUCCGAGUACACAAUAGUUCCUGCCAAGUUUCUAUACGUACUCAAACGAUCUCUGACACCCGACCAGAUCGCAAUGCUGGAGCCCCUUGGCGUCGCCCACAAUGCGGUGGAGCGACUCGACUGUAGGGGAGAAGAUGUACUGGUCAUCGGCUGUGGGGCCGUGGGUAUCCUGGUGCAGAAAGUCGCCAGGUCUAUGGGGGCCAAGAGGUACGUACAAAGUUAUCUCGCAUUGAGCAACACAUCUGCAUCGCUUACACAAUUUAUGGAUUCAAAAUAACUUGCAGUAUAUCAAACGCAAAAAUACUCUAACUUUAUUCACAUUGGCGAUCACAAAUAUGUAUGGACGUCAAGGAGUGUAAAAAAGUUUCUCAAGCAGUACCGCACAUGCAUCAUAAUCAGAGGGUCAUAAAAUGUAUAAACGCCGAGAAAUAUCACACCUAAUUUAUAAUGAAACUAAUGGUCAAGUAGUCUAUGGACACAGAGAAAGAAGUACAUAAAGGCGAGCGCUCUGUAACUCACUUGAUUUGGAUGUACAUCAUACUCACACUGUACUCAGACCAGCGGUCACGCAUUAAAAGACAAUGGAAAGCGCAGAGAAUCGCACAUACGGGGUCAGAAAAAUAUAUG